UUAUUGCUUGAGCAACCAUUCGCACACUUUUCAGAUUUAACGGUAUUCGAUGUAUCGAUUAGAAAAUAAAAUCAAUUUCUACACUGGUAUCCCUAGCGCCCCGCUCCCUGCAUCGCGCCAUCUUUACUUCAUUCUUUUAUUGUGCGCGCAACGGAACACCGCUCACUUAAUAUACGUACCUAUUCCUAUUAGCAAUCAUGCCUAAAAGUAGUGCAGAAGAACAAAUUGCGUAUUAUACCAAAAAGAUUAAAAAACUUAAAAGUAAAGAAAGCAAACGUCGUAAACGUGUUAUUGUUUAUUCGGAUUCAUCGGACAGCGAAGAAAACUUGGGUGUCGCUAUAAACGAGAAUAUUGCAGACAGUGAAACAACUGCUCGGUCGAAUAAUGAUCUUGAGGCGUCUACGUCAGAUCAGGGGUUGAACUUGAUGGAUAAUGAUCAGUCGAAUAAUGAUCCAGAGACUUCGAUAUUAGACACGACUUUGCCCUCGUUAGACCCUGACGUGCUCAUAGCUUUAGGGGAACUUCUCCCGGAAGAAGUUACCUACGGAGAGGACAUACACCCAGAUUUAGCGCAGAGAUGGGCUCCAAUCCUGCGCAAAGGAUUGCCUGAUAAGGAACAAAAAGAGAAGCUAGUUAAGGAAUAUGCUAUACCAAAAAAUUGCAAGCUGUUUCGAGCUCCUCUUCUUAAUCCAGAAAUCGCUGCUGCAGUUUCUGAAUUCGCUCGUACACGAGACAAAAAGAUCGAAUGUUCUCAACAACAAUUGGGUGUAGGCCUAACGGCGAUCAAUAGAGCUAUGACACUUUUGCUCACGAGUGACAAUAAGAUACAAGCUAUUAAAUGUUUAUCAGACGCUUGUCGGGUCUUAUCAGAUCUACAUGCUUCAGAAACGAAAACGCGAACAAAGUCUUUAACACAAGGCUUAGAAAAGUCCUUCCUAAACUUGAUUCAGGAUACUGAACGUGACGAGCUGCUUUUUGGUGCUGGCUUGCCAGAAAAAAUCAAAGCUUCAAAAGCCAUCGAAAAGCAAGGAUCCCAAAUUAAGAAACCGGACAACAAGACGAAUCCAGCUACAUCGGCUUUACGUACGACAAGGCCUCAGGGAAACUGGAGAGGCCCCUCUCGCUCGACGCCGAACAGGGGGGGGGGCGCGGAGGUUCCAGGAAACCUUACACGAAUCAGAAACCUGCGACGCAACAGACCAGCUUCAACCCAUCGAGAGUUUGGAACAAACCUCCCCGUGCAGGCCCUCGGACAUAGAGGUACACGCCGGUAG